GCAACCAUCACCUUCCAGACAAUCUGUCCAGCAAACUUAUUCUAGACAAUCAUCGUCUUCUCAACCUACCUCACCUCGUUCAAGUCGCUGUCACCGUAAAGCUGAGGACCGAGAACGUCUCUUCGCUCAGAACCGUCAAAUAUACCUCCUGAUCAGACAGUUAAGCGACAAUUUUCAAGAUCUUAGGAAUGAAAUGCGGCAAAGAAACGUUCAAAGCACUCAAGGCAUUCAAGGCGAGGAUCUUUUGGCCAAAGUGUGGGACAUAAGUAUUGUAGAAAGCAAGA